AUGACUUCCGAUACAAGGCAAUGUUACUUCCCCAACGGAAACAAAGCGCCCGGGAAUGUUCCCUGCAAAGCAGACACCAACACCCACUGCUGUGGACAAUCAGACAUCUGUCUAGACAACGGGCUGUGCCUCAAUGUGGGCCACCAGCCUACGUGCUUUCUCGAGGAGCCUGCACGAAUGAUAAAUGGAACGGGUGUAGCCCCAUUUGCAGCCACACCCUCUAUGGGCGCCUCCAUUACCAACGUCGGGUUCUCCUCCGGUAAGGCGACAUAUUGCUGCGGUAGCCCAAGGACAAAUGGAUCCACGGUCAUUUGUCUCGCCAGUGAGUCGGAUAAUAAUAGCGACGUCCCAUUCUCUAUCCAAGACGGCAAUCCCAUCCUGAGCGCUGGAAUGCUCCAAAACAUCACUACCCUAGACGCCACCAACUCGUCUUCCUCGGACUCCAACUCCAACUCGAAUUCCUCUACGGCCACGCCGGCCACCUGUCCAUCGUCUCAUGAUACCGCGAUCGGAGCAGGGGUGGGGGUCCCACUUGGUGUGAUCGCUAUACUGUUGCUGAUCUGGGCAUUGUAUGAGCGGAGGAGGGCAAGCCGAGCCUUGCAGCAGAUGCAGCCUGUGGCAUUUGAAGCGGGUCACGGUGCUUUUGGGCACGCUCCUGCUGCUCCAUAUAUGAAUACCACCGACAUGGCUGGGCGCCCCCCAGUGGAGUUGGAACACCAUCAACCGGUAUCUGAGCUGAUGGGCAAGGAUGCAGGGAAAUGA